AACGACGCAGGCGUCACCACCUCGAUUAGGAAACUCAGCAACAAAGUCAAGAUGCUGCUGCCGGCAUUCUCGAAUACGUCUAGCGCAAUAAGACACGAAGACAUUCUUCACCAGCACACAGUAUGAAUUCGCUAUUGGUGCGCCGCGCAUUUCAGGCGCCUCUAGUCCGACUGACACGUACACUACAGACGUCAGCGCUACCCGCUAUUACCAAGAGCUGCAGGGUGGAGGACGCGCAUGUGGCUGAGACGGAGAACGAAGCAGCGAACGAAUUCCUGGGCGUACGCUUCAACGCUACCAAGAUUAAGAAAUACAGCGCCGAGCUCGAGGUGGGCGGCCACACGAUCGUGGGUGGAGACUUCUGGACGCCGAAAGACGCUGCCGAAGCCUACGACCGCUUGGUGGCAUUGCAUGGCGACGACACCAUGCCGCGAAACUUCGCCUAAACAUUAAAUUACCCUGUAAUUUAUGUCACGUAAAAAAAAAUCAAAACCCGAUUUUCUUAGCAGGUUACA